CGCGGCCCCGCCUCUCCCCUCCUCCCCCUACACACGGAAGCUCCGUGGCCCCCAUGCCAGGAUGUCCGACACCUGGGUCCCCGGCCUCCUACCCACCUUGCUGCUUGGCCUGCUGACGGGCCCCCAACAGGCUGCAGCCAAAUGUGGGCUCUUCUUCACCUGCCCCAAAGGAUUCAAAUGCUGCGGUGACAGCUGCUGUCAAGAAUAUGAGCUCUUCUCCAGUCCUCUGAGGAUUUUUGUCAUCACCUUCCUCAUCAUCAUACCCCUUUUGUGCAUCUGCUGCGUGGCUAAGCGGUUCUGUCGCAACUGUGGAGACCAGGAGCAGGACCCCCCAGUGGAUCAUGAGGAUCCCCCGGAUCCGCCCUCCAUUGCCCCCCCAGAGAGGGUCAGGGCGUCCACCUUUGAGCCCCCACCCCCCUACAGCGAGAUCAUUCUGAAGCCUGUCCUGCCCCCCAUGGAGCCACCCCCUCCCUACAGCUUCAUGCCUGAGGAACACCCUGGGGUGCCCAGGGGCAUUGACAACCCAGCCUUCUGAGCCACCACCCUCCUGGAACUGCAGUAUCAGCCCCUCCUCUGCAGUACCUCCUGGAUUAAGCCAAAGACUCCUGGGACCCCUGUGGCACCCCCACCCCUCCUGCCAUGUCUCUGCUGUUCUUGGUUUUAACUUAUUGUUUUUCCUGUCCUCUUCCACCUUAGCUGCCUCUCUUGUCCCAGGUGCUGGCCUGGAGUGUCAGCCUCCCCUCAGCCCCCAUCUCAUGCUAGAGGCUGCCAGGAGGAAGAUAUCGACACUUGAGGUGCCUUGAGGUGCCCACCGGUAGGGUGGGCUACUCUGAGGAGUGGAGAGAACCCUGUUUCCAAGGGGUAUACAAAUCUCGAGAUCUUGUAGAGGGCACUCCUGUUCCUCGGAGAUUGCACUGCAUGGGCUCUUCGCCACCUCCAGGUCUACUUGAAUAGAGAAGACCCUGUUGUACCCUACCCCCCACAUGUGUACUCACUAAAUUUUACCUGGUUGUCACUGGGA